GUGAUAUGAGGGAUCACCUGAGAAAACGUGAUAAUCUAUCGUGGCGAGGAAAGAAGAAACUCAUCACACCGAAUCUUCUUCGAUUUUCUUCUCCUGCCCCGACUAACUUGUCCAAUCCAUUCAUUUGAUAGUACUCAUCAUGUGUUUCGAUCUAUACGUCCAUUACACUACUACUGACCAUGAUACCCGCUGUCCGAGCAUAGUCAACCUAGGUACUGGAUAUGUAGUCCGCAGCCCUUUUCAAGACCUCAAUGUCUACAAUGUUCCACCGACGAUCGCGGGGCGUUGUAUGUAUCCCCACAUAAUGGAUACUAUCUCUCCUCAUCAGUUUUGCCCCGACCAUCCAGGAUGUUGCCGUCUUGAGCGGUGCCUAGUGUGUCGCUUCAGUGUAGAUACAUGCAAGACUCGAGUUAAGUAUCAUCACUUCGUUUUCAGCGACACAAUUGAUGAAGAGACCGACAUCUCAUUCCUAAAGAGGUGGCUGGGGGAUAACCCAUCUCUGCUUUAUCUGGUCGCGUUUUUCUUCAAAGCUGGUGUUGAAUACCAGCUCGCUGACUUGGCUCUAGAGGAUGUUUUGCGCCGGAUCGAGAUGACAUGGCGCCAGGGCUACGAUCCCGCCGCUGCCGAACUGAUAAGACUCGAGGCGGAGCGUACGCGUUACGUUGCAAUGAAGGAAUACGCUGCUGAAUGUUUAGGCCAGCUAGCUCUUCUCUGGGACUUUAACACAGGAGAGAAGCGGCUGCCUCGUCGCCCAGGCAGUUGGGACAACGAUUCGCAUGACGCGAAAUAUAGUAGACGCUUGAGAUUAACUGUUAUGAACUUUUGGAAAAAGGAGGAGAAAAGUUCCAUACAAUGGCCAUUCAUAAUCGAUUUAAUACCCUUCUUUCGAGACACGGGACGGCUCGUGGUGUACGAAGAUCCCUCCAAUGUAUCCCAGGGACUAAGACCAGAGAGCAACAAGGAUAUUUAUUACCCCAUUUUUGGGCUCGAGUGCUUUAAUUUUCUACGGCUUGGUCCACUAGCCCAGGGAUACCCGAUGGUUAUGGUCAGAACAACGCCACAAACUUCACGAUCUCCACCUCCCCAACCAGAACCUCAACCUCGAUAUCGCCCUAGCCGCCCGACCCGCCCAGCUCGUCCCGUAUCUCCCUCCAAUCCCACCCGUCCAACUCGUGCAGCUCGUGCUAAACGACCGGCUUCUUCACAUACCGCUUUGCCGCCCCCAUCUUCCCUUCCCUUACACGAAUCUAGACGUAUUGUUGACCAGGAUAAGAAGGGAAAAGAAAAACAAGACGAGCAGCACGAGGUUGAGCACGUCAUCACCCACCACCCUCCUACCGCAACUCGGACUCGGGCUACUUGGUACAAGGUACGUUGGAAAGGCGACUGGCCUAAGGGAGAGGAGGAAACAUGGGUGACUGCUGACAGCAUCGAUACAACCAUCGUGGAUGGGUAUUGGGUCUUGCAUUACGAUAAGUUGAACAGGAGGCGCCGGGUGCAGACGCGAAGACAGAGACAGCAACGGAAGGGAAAAUAUUAAGGAAAGGUAAGGUAAAUUGCAUGGUUUGUUGGACGAUUGAUGCGUAUACUACAUAACGUAACAUAUUAGCUGGUAAGUCUUGCUUCUUGUUUCGAGGGUAUCAUUCAUGGAAGAUGUAAUAAACGCCAAUCUUCUGCUCACUGUCGAUAUGAAAUCCAUACGAUAGUUCUAUAGAUAGGUACUCAGCGACGAAGUUUGCUUAGGUAGAAACAACGAUAACCAAUAAUAUACUAUAACCACGCAUUCACCGAUUUGUCUUAUAAAAAUUUCAGUAUGUCUAUUCCAUGAAACGUGACUAAGUUGGUAAGAUAAAUAUGCCUUUUAGUCGCUUCGAAAUAAUUCCCUGCGAAGAGCUUGAAUCUAGAGAAGGGAAGUCAAUCUAAUGUAAGUUAGCAAUGUUUACACCGAAUGACAG